AGGAGAGACUAAAGUCAAGGCAUCUGAAAGAAACUUCAGUCCAGCAUGGAGAGAAAAAUUAUAUCCUUGCCUCUAUCCACCUCUGUAUCAGAAAUGGAACCCAAUGGCACCUUCAGCAAUAACGACAGCCACAGAAACUGCACAACUGAAAACUUCAAGAGGGAUUUUUAUCCUGUCGUGUACCUGAUAAUAUUUGUCUGGGGAACCUUGGGAAAUGGCUUUUCCAUAUAUGUUUUUCUGCAACCUUAUAAAAAGUUUACAUCUGUGAAUGUUUUUAUGCUAAACCUGGCCAUUUCUGAUCUCUUGUUCACAACCACACUGCCCUUCAGGGCUGACUAUUACCUAAGAGGCUCCAACUGGAUAUUUGGUGACUUGGCCUGCAGGAUUAUGUCGUAUUCCAUGUACGUCAACAUGUAUAGCAGCAUUUAUUUCCUAACUGUGCUGAGUGUCAUGCGCUACCUGGCAACUGUUCACCCCUUGCGGUUCCUCCAUAUCACCAACAUCAGAAGUGCCUGGGUUGUAUGUGGGAUCAUAUGGAUCUUUAUCAUGGCUUCUUCAACAACACUCCUGAACACUGGCUCUGAACAGGAGGGUAAUAUCACAUUGUGCUUAGAACUGAAUUUCAAUAAAAUUGUGAAAUUGCAGACCAUGAACCAUAUUGCCUUAGUGGUGGGCUUCCUGAUGCCAUUCUGCACGCUCAGCAUCUGUUACCUGCUGAUUAUUCGAGCCCUGUUAAAGAUGGAGGUCCCAGAAUUGGGGCUGCGGGUUUCUCACAAGAAGGCGCUGAUCACCAUCAUCAUUGCCUUGAUCAUCUUUCUACUGUGUUUCCUGCCCUAUCACAUACUGAGAACCUUUCACCUGGUUGUGUGGAAAGUGGGUACGUGCACAGACAGGCUGCAUAAAGCCGUGAUCAUCACACUGGCCUUGGCGGCAGCUAAUAGCUGCCUUGAUCCUUUGCUUUAUUAUUUUGCUGGGGAGAAUUUUAAGGACAGACUAAGGUCUGCAUUCAGAAAAGGUCAUCCACAGAAGACAAAGUGCAGCUUUCCUGUUGUGUGUGGUUGAAAAAGGAAAUAAGAAUAUGAGAGGUUUCUA